ACAUAGAACACACACGCAACAUAGAGAUAACACACAUAGAACACAAGUGGUUUAAGAGUCAAAUCAGCAGUCUCCUAAGCUCUGAUCAGAAACCUUCACAACUUUCCUUCUCUUCAUUGCGAAGUUCUAUUUAUCUACUAGAAGAUGUUUUUUUUCUGCACUUUACUGAAAAGAUUGUCCAGAUAGAUUAAAAUGGACAUUUGUCUAAAAGCCAGGUGCCAAGCUGUUUGUGUUCUGUAGCUCUGUGGAUGUCUUCAUUGAUGGUGAUGAUGAUGAUGAUGAUCAGUUGAAGACAAUCAAUGACACUCCAGGUGUUUCCUCUCUGACCUCACGGUUCACUUUAUCAGCAUAUUCCAUAUUACCCUGUGUUUACCUGCCCAGGUGUGGUCUCCAGGCUGGCUGCACCGCCCCCCUCAUGGAGAGGAUGAGAAAGAUCAAACGGCAGCUGUCAUUCACCCUGGGGAGGGGAGGGGCCGGGGGAAGGGACAGGACGCUGAGUGACACCAUCAACCAGGAAGUGACAUCACACAGUGACUCAGAGGUGGUGUCUCUUCGUGGUUCUUCUGGAGGUUUGAAGGUUCGAGGUUCGUCUUCAUCAGUUCAGUCUCUUCUUCAGUCGUACAGCAGCUCGCUGAAGAAACCUGGAGGUCUCGGACGAAGCCUGAGCUCCUACCUGAACCACACGGCUCGACUGGAGAUCGUCCAUGAGGAUGUAAAGAUGAGUUCAGAUGGAGAAAGUGAUCCGGCUUCUUCUUCAGUCAACGUUCAGAGUCCAGUUAGAGUGAGACUGAGAAACAAGAAGAUCUCAACUGAGGACAUUAACAAACGUCUGUCAUUACCGGCCGACAUUCGCCUUCCAGACGGUUAUCUGGAGAAGUUUAAUCUGAUUGGUCCAGCUCUGUUUGAGCAGCCAAUUAGCAGAAGGCUGCGUAGAGUGUCUCUGUCAGAGAUUGGUUUUGGGAAACUGGAGACGUACAUCAAACUGGACAAACUAGGAGAGGGGACAUAUGCUACAGUGUAUAAAGGUCGCAGUAAACUGACCGAGAACCUCGUGGCCUUGAAGGAGAUUCGAUUAGAACAUGAAGAAGGAGCUCCAUGUACUGCUAUCAGAGAAGUGUCUCUCUUGAAGGAUCUGAAACAUGCCAACAUCGUCACGCUUCAUGACAUCAUCCACACACAGAAGUCCCUCACACUGGUGUUUGAGUAUCUGGACAAAGAUCUGAAACAGUAUCUGGACGACUGUGGAAACAUCAUCAAUGUUCACAACAUCAAACUCUUCCUUUUCCAGUUGUUGCGAGGUUUGUCGUAUUGUCAUCGGAGGAAGGUUCUCCACAGAGACCUGAAACCCCAAAACCUGCUGAUCAACGAGCGAGGAGAGCUCAAACUAGCAGACUUUGGUCUUGCACGAGCAAAAUCAAUCCCAACCAAGACGUACUCUAAUGAGGUGGUGACGCUCUGGUACCGACCGCCAGACAUCCUGUUGGGCAGCACUAACUACUCCACUCACAUCGACAUGUGGUCAGUACUAUCACUCUAUUGUAGUUUGUUUGAUCCCCAUAAAGUAGCUGUUCUUCCUGGGGUCCACACAGUUUACAUGGGGAAAAUAUACAAAUACAAGUUUUCUCUUUACAUUGCAGUCAUUUAGCAGACACCUUUAUCCAAAGUGACUUACA